UUUUAGUCCCAAGCUAAGAUGUUCUCACCUCAUUUGCUUUUUCCAACAACCGUUAAUAUUAAAUUUUUACCAAAAUUCCCUCCAAUUUACAACAAUAUUUGUGCAAAUUUAACUUUCCUAUGUAAAUUUGUUUUCCCAUGUAAUUUUAUUACUUUCCUUCUCUACUUUUUUGCAUACCUAAUGUCAAUUUGCUUUUUCAAUAUACUUUAUCUAUUCUUAUUUAUGUUUAUUAAUUCCAGUGAAAUAUAAGGACUACCAAAAGGGGAAAGAUGGAGCAUGUACAAUAAUUUUCUUAAAAUACUUGUCCACCAUUAAAAAAAAAAAAAAAAAGAAAAAGCUACUUUGGCUGUAAAGUGUUAAGUACUCUAUCACUGUAAAUCUGUAAUUAGCGGUUUUUAACUUUGAAGUUCAAAACUCCCCCAAUCCAACCCAACCCGCCCAAGCUCAGUUCACCACACUCCAUCUUCAUACUAUCGUUUCUGUAAAAUUCAGACAUCCAUCACCGGCGAAAUUCCGUCACAAGCACCGGAUAACUGGCUAAUCCUCCAGACACCUCCACACUCCCUUUGUUGGUGUUGGUUUCGGCAUUGCACAGGAAAAUGGAGUUUACUGAUUCGUAUAAGCAGACAGGUCCGUGCUGUUUUUCUCCCAAUGCUCGCUACAUUGCUGCUGCAGUUGAUUAUCGUCUGGUGAUCCGUGACACUCAGUCUUUUAAGGUGGUGCAAUUGUUUUCAUGCUUAGAUAAGAUAAGCUACAUUCAGUGGGCUCUUGAUUCUGAAUACAUAUUAUGUGGUCUCUACAAGAGACCAACAAUACAAGUAUGGUCAAUAACUCAACCUGAAUGGACAUGUAAAAUAGAUGAAGGUUUAGCUGGUAUUGCCUAUGCUAGGUGGAGUCCUGACAGUCGUCACAUACUCACUACUUCAGACUUCCAGUUGAGGUUGACAGUUUGGUCACUGUUGAAUACUGCUUGUGUACAUGUAAGAUGGCCAAAGCAUCCUGUCAAGGGGGUUUCAUUUACCCGAGAUGGCAAGUUUGCUGCAGUAUGCACAAGACGUGAUUGCAAGGAUUACGUUAAUCUGUUGUCUUGUGAUUCAUGGGAGAUAAUGGGUGUUUUUGCUGUUGACACAUUGGAUUUGGCUGAUGUUGAGUGGUCACCGGAUGAUAGUUCUAUUGUUGUCUGGGAUUCACUUCUUGAAUACAAGGUCCUGAUAUACACGCCUGAUGGACGAUGUUUAUUGAAGUACCAGGCAUAUGAAAGUGGUUUGGGUGUCAAGAGUGUUUCAUGGUCUCCUUGUGGUCAAUUUCUUGCUAUUGGAAGCUAUGAUCAGAUGCUGCGUGUUGUCAAUCGUCUUACAUGGAAAACUUUUGCUGAGUUUAUGCAUUUGCCUAAUGUUCGUGGUUCCUCUUGUGCAGUCGUCUUUAAGGAGGAAGAUGAGCAGCCUCAGCUUGAUAUUGCUGGGUUGUGUUUGAGCAGUGAUCCUUAUGACAGCAAUUUUGAUGUUUCAGAAAGACAAAUAGGAGUUAGGUACGAAGUAGCAGAUCUACCAAUUACUUUGCCAUUUCAGAAGCCUGCCAUGGACAAACCAAACCCAAAACAAGGCAUUGGCCUUAUGGCUUGGAGCAGCGAUAGCCAGUAUAUUUAUACACGUGAUGACACCAUUCCAACUACUCUCUGGAUAUGGGAUAUGCAGCAACUUCAACUGGCUGCCAUAUUGCUGCAGAAGGAGCCCAUUAAAGCUGCAGUUUGGAACCCAACAUCUUGCCGCCUUGCAUUUUGUACAGGAAGUUCGCAUCUGUACAUCUGGACCCCUUCUGGUGCAUAUUGUGUAAGCAAUCCUCUGCCACAUUUCACUGUAGUUGAUUUAAAGUGGAAUUCAGAUGGAAGUUAUUUACUUCUCAAAGACAAGGAGUCGUUCUGCUGUGCUGCUCUUCCCAUCUUGCCCGAAUCUAGUGAUUAUAGCUCAGAUGACUGAUUCCUUAACCUGCAGGUAAAUUUUAAAUGUGUAGCAAGUUUGUAUGCUUAGGAUAUUGGAAUGUCUUUGUCAGUACUCACCUCGUAAAUCUAAGUGGAAAUGUGUAAAAGGUCUCAAGAUCAUCUCAACUCUAAGUUUAAUGUGAAGUUCACAUGAAAGUAUAUCA